AUGUCACAAACAUCUAAACCCUCACAAGACCUUUUCUUCAAGUCGUACAAUGACAUUUCCCCGACAACAGUCGUCCUACUCCACGGUCUCUUUAGCUGCAACCUCGAAUGGGAGCAUGUUACUCCCCACCUCAGCGACUACCAUCUCAUCGUCCCAGAUCUCCCAAAACACUCUCAAUCGAGAGACAUAGGGCCCUGGUCAAUCGAGCUCGCCGCAGACUCUGUCGCGCAUCUCAUCCGAAAACAUGCCCACGAUGGACAAGCGCACGUUGUCGGCCUUUCACUGGGCGGCUUCACCACGAUGGAACUAAUCCGCCGACAUCCAGACCUCGUUAAAUCAGCAUUCGUCACUGGCUCAACCCCAUUCCGGCCAUGGCAAGUCUGGGCAGCGGAAAGACCCAGCCUCCUCCACUACGGUCUCAAAUUCGUUAUGAAUAGUGGUUUCUACACUCUCAGCGUCUGGAUGAAGGGUCUCAAGGAUCACACCCAGCUUCAGAACGAAAUCGCUACUAAUAAUGAUUGGAGCUUGGUCAAUGACGCUUACGCCGGGCUUGCUAAGUGGCAGCAUGAAGACGUCAAAAGAGUUGCUGAGAAGGAUAAGCGAAUAUUGGCAGCCGCUGGAGAUCAAGGUGAUGAUUUUGACGGAGCGAAGGAAAUGGCUCUGACAUUUCGCAACGAGGGGCGCGAUGAUGGAAAGAAGAGUACCGCGAUUCUUAUCAAGGGGGCAAUUCAUGCAUGGAAUUUGCAGUUUCCGGAAUUGUUUGCUGAAGGCAUCAAAGCUUGGGUUGAAGAGAAGCUUCUUCCUCAUGAUUUUGUGAACUUGAUCGAUGGGUAA